AUGGUUGAAGGAGGCUCAUUCGCGCUCUCCAAAGAAAACAAAUUGACGGGCAAUUUAGGUGACCAGCACGCCGAUGACGUAGAAAUCAGUUUGAACGACUUCGAUUCCUCUUUGAACUUGGUGCUAAAUACUGGAGACAAGUUCAAGUCUUGGAUCGAUUACGAUGCGAGUUCGAAGAGACUGGAGGUUAGGCUGAGUAAAUCCGGGGACGCGAGACCGUACAGUCCAAUAAUUUGGCGUGCGGUUGAUAUGGCUGGAAUGUUGGGGGACGAGGACGUGCGCGUGGGCAUAGCUUCGCGGAACGGGAACUCGUCGCAGAGCGCGAGCGUAUAUUCGUGGAGCUUUAGGGUGCGAAAGUAUCCGUAUUCGAUGCACUCGUUUCCGGUGGAUCCGCAAGGAUAUGUGGUAAAGGAGGAGGAGGAGGAGGAGCGCGGCGAGCGGGUGAGGAAGGUGAAGAGCAGUGGUUGUGUGCUGACAAUGAUGAGAGGGUUGAUUUUGGCAACGGUGUUUGGGGCGUUGGUGACUUUUGGGGCGCUGUUUUUGUGGGGGAUGCUUGUAAGUAGGCGCGAGGCUGGCUGUCCUGUCUACGCUGCCGAUUUCGGGUACAAGAAGGUCGAUGUAGUUGUUGAGGAAAAUAGUGAUGGGUUGAAGAAGAACGGGGAUGAAACUAAUGCAUGA